CGCUGGCCAGCUCAGUUCCGUGUGCGCUCGCCCGGAGCCAUGGCUCGCCUCUGCCCUGCUGCUCCAGCCCUGCUGCUGGCCGCCCUCGCCGCGCUGCUCCAAACCUCGCUGGCGGCGGAUCAUGUGCCGAUGCUGCUCUGGUCAACUCAGAGAUCACAGUGGAAUCCAGACACUGCUCUGCACGAAGGACAUGUGGUCUCAGCACAGGAGCUGAGGGAACUCUUGCAACCUCUUUUUACCCAGAAUUCCAGAAACCUCGUCUUGUUCCUGCAAGAUAGGCUUAGCGUAGAUGAUUUCACAUACCUCAGUGAAUCCUAUGGCAACAAGAAUCCAUUUCAAAAUGUUCAGGAAAUCCUUCAGUCUUUUCCUUCAUCUUUAGUCUUGCCAGCUGUUGACAGCAAGGCUACCAGGUAUCUCCUGAGCAUUCUACAGGAAUCAGGAGAUUGGAAGUUGACAAAUGUAACUAAUCUCAAUGUCUCUCAGCUGGAACUGAGUGCAUCUAACCCAAACUUACUGGUGGUUCAGCUACAACCACUUGCCAGUGGUUUAAAAGAGAUUUCCACYCUGGAAGCAAUGGCUGAAAAUGACAAAAUAAUUGGGAGAGUGACCAUGGAUCUGCAGGAGCGAGGGAUUCAUUUUUCAGUAAUUUAUACUGCAGUGAGACCUUCAAGGAUUUCAAGAAGAACUGAUAUGGUGGCAGAAUUAAGAAGACAAUUAAUGGCUGCUGAGGAAGAAGACAGCUUAUAUCCUCCUCUGAAUGUGACCACUGGAAAUCAAACAUGCAUCCUUUUCUAUGCUGGUAAUUUCAGCCUCAAAGCCAGCAGUUCAGUCUUAAUAGAUUUGACAAAUGCAACAUUUUUAACACAGAAUGUGGAUAUUUCUGCCUCUGAGUGCUCAGACAGCAACACAACACUAUCAUUAAAAUACACAAAUCCAGUGGAUGGAAUCAGCAGCCUAGAGAUAAGGUUUUUAAUGACCAACAAGUUCUAUGAAGUCUCGGCUAGAAAUUGGUCCACUUUAGAUUCAGUUGAGAUYGUACAAGAUGGAAACAAGUUUGCUAAAUUUAAUGUUUCUGCCAUCUCUGCUCCUGCAGAGUAUUCAUUUCACUGUCAGCUGGUGGGAACAAGCAAUCUCUAUCCUGCAAGGCUGGUUCCAUCCAACAGUGAGGCAGGAAACUGGGAGGUUUUCAUUUCCAAGUUGCAAAUUCAAGGCUUCAAUGUUAUAAACAACCAGUUUUCCUAUGCAAGUGACUGUACAGGUUUCUUCACUCCUGGAAUCUGGAUGGGCUUGGUAACAGCUAUAAUCUUAGUGUGGAUCCUGACCUAUGGCAUYCACAUGAUCAUGCAGCUCACAACAAACAGCAGAUUUGAUGAUCCCAAAGGUCCAGCUCUGUCAGUUCCUCAGACAGAAUAGCCAUGGAUUGAAUUGAUGCCACUGUGGCUUUUCCUGGUCUGAUGUUUAUGAUUUUUAUAACCUUUUUACAUCAUAAUAUGUAUGACCUAAAAAGAUACCAUGGGAGAAAGAGAUAAUUAAACUACAUAUAAAAAUGAUCUUCAUGCUUGGCAGCAUUAGUAAUUCUACUUGUUAUUAUGAUCACUUGUUGACAGCUUUUUGUGUUAAAAUCCUGAAGUGAGACUGCAGAGGUUUUUACUCUCUCUGGCUAUUAGACCAUUAAAACCUGCUUUAGGAUUAACUUUUAUGGGCAAAGAAAACAUACCACAACAUAAAUUAUUGGGAAGGAUAAAAUAUUUGAAGGGAAACUAUAURUUGAAAAUACUGGUCUCUCUGAAGGCUCUUUAGUAAGUAGGUCAUGAUGAUGAUGCAUCUUAAGAAAUUUUAACUGUGCCUUGUAAUUUUUUUCUCUUGAGUAAAAGUUCCAGAAAUGUACAGAACUAAUAAAGUGUAAGUCACUAAAUAAAUGUCCUGAGAAGUUUUUUUAAAAUAUAUCACUUUUUCAGGUGUGGUAUCACAAAGGAGAAUGGGUAGGUGAAGAUUUAGCUCAAUCCACUCACAGGUUAUUUUAUGCCUGUGAGAAUUACACUGAGUAACACUGAUUUGUGUUUGUUUUAGCCAUGGAGAACUGAUGGGAUUCUAGGGAAGAUCAAUCCUUGUCCAAACUGAUCAUGAAAUUAGAUUUGGUGUCAUGGCAAUGAAUGCAACUUCUCAAGUUCAGAACCURUUACGAUUCAAUGUGCCAGUGCAGACAGCACCUUCAUAGGGAUGAGGUAGUUUUCUUAGCCUCUUCCAUUUUCCUGGCAUCUUUGGAGAUGUUAUGAAGUUCAUACCAAAAAAAGAAGCACUGUGCUAAUGAACUGUUUAAGUCUGAGCUUUUUAUGGUCAUCUUAGAGCUCCUUGAAGCCUGAAAACAUUCACAGUAUGCUGUAUUCUUCUGAAAUUAAUAGAAACACUGCAUCUUCUAAUUGGGUAAUCUGAUUAUGGAGUCAAUUACUAAAUUUUAUUAAGAAUUAGGAAACAGUAAAAGAGCAAUGGUAAAAUGGUGAAAAAAUGGGUAAAAGUAAGACUUAUUCUUUGUUCUGGAAUGUUUUCUUAUGACUGUGCAUGUUCAAUUAAUAGU